UUACCUUCACAUAAUGUUUUCAUCAUUUCCUUGUCAACCAUGGCGAUGUUGGGCUUAAAAGCUAUAUUUUACACUGUAUUAUUAUGGAGCAAUUGUCAAACAGCAAUGAGCGAGAACGCAACGCUAACGUCAGAUAAGGACGUGGUUGCUGAAAACAGUUCACUGACACUCACGUGUUACCAACCGAGAGCGUUCUACCCAAUUUUCUGGAGCAGCAGAUAUUCCGAGAUUUAUAUUAUUGGCACGUGUCAGCCAUUCUCAUCGCGGUUAUCGGGGGAAGUCAGCGUGAGGUGUGUCAACUCCACGACAUACACACUGACACUCCUUCGAGUAGACCGUAUCCAGGAUGGGGACAGAUGGCUGUGUAGCAUUGAUAUAAAUUUUGAGGGAUCUAGCAACAGCAUCGUGAUAAAUGUUCAUGUGCCAAUUACUGAGCUGAAACUAACACCUGAUGCUGAUCCAGUAUCAUUGAUUUCAAACAUGACAACCGAGUUCACAUGCACCAGUGACUUCGGUAAACCAGCGCCAGAUAUCCACUGGUUUAUAAAUAACGGCAGAAAUGAGACAUCGGGAAACAUUGACAUAACUCGUUCAUCUUCAGUUGUAACUACGACGAUGAAUCUUAAUUCGGAUGACCUUAACGUAACAAAUUCAUCUUCAGCAAUAACCCAGAAUAUUACCACCAGUACGUUGACCUUCACGCCUUCCCACUUAUACCAAAACAUGCGACUGUUCUGCACGGGAAACAAUGGUGGACACAGUGUGACUUCGAAAGCCGAACCUAUGUUGAAUAUUCUGUUCGAACCCACUAUUCCUCGAAUUAUAAAGGACGACUCAACCGUGCUUGAAGAAAUAGAAACAUUGUCAAAAGAGCAGCUUGUUCUCAAAUGCCAAAGCGAUGGAAACCCAACUCCAACCUACGUUUGGACCUACUUAGGUAGAACAACAGCAGGUCAAACAAUUACCAUUCCCCAAUUACAGUCAGCACACGAAGGUACUUUCACAUGUACUGCUCGAAACACUAUGAAUUCGUCGACAAGUCUAUCCAGAUCAGUGGAAAAAUCUAAACAAAUAUUUGUACACGUUCUUGUUGCAAUAACGCAUGUCGACAUUGUCUGUCCAAAUUCUCAAAACCUUGUUAUUAAGGAUGGGGAGAUCACGACAAUAGAAUGCGUCACGUCCCCAGGCAAACCUUCUGCAAUCAUAAAUUGGUUCAAGGACAACGGGACCCCUGAAACCACCGCAGACGACAUCCAGUUUUCCGUCAGUGACACAAAUGUUACCACUCGGUCAGACAAUUCAGUAAAGAGCAUAUUGUAUUACAAAGCUGCUCAGCGAGAUAACAACUUUAGGAUUUAUUGUACAGCUAGUAAUGUUGGGACAACGUUAUCAUCUGAGCAUCGAAUGAAACUGGAUAUUAUUCAUACAUGUAUUGAAUCUUCCCAGACAGGCAAGAUAGUUGGUUUUUGUUUAGGGGGUACUGUGUUUGGACUUGUAGCUGGAAUUGUAGCUACAUGGUACUUUAUGCGUCGGCCUUCGAAUACGACAUGUUGUGGGAAAGAAGAUACGCAGACCACAUAUGAAGAUUUACAAAGCACCAAUCCUACUGCCGGAGGUCACACUAGCUACACGUUCAUCGAGACUAACUUGGACCAGAACUCGGCCACUGUUAUGUUCAGCAGAGGCGAAACCAAUAUUGAAAAAGAUGUGUAUCGGUCGGAUGCAUCCACAGUGUAAAAGUUAAAGGCUAGGCGUUAUAAUAUUUGGAACACGAUUUUAUUUUUGAAAAGACCAUUGACGCUUAAAUUAAUUUUGAAAUGCUAUUUGUGUAACAACAAUAUAAUGCACAUAUGACCGAAUAAUCGGUCACGUGCCUUCUGCAACCACAUGUUUGGUCCGUCCUUAUUAACGUGAAUUGUGGACACACGAUUUUUUGGAAACUAUACAAGAACUUUUCGGAUAAUGUAGGCCCAUUAUACAUGUAUACAAUGAUGUUAUAGAACAAUUGUAUGUUUAGAUUUAAAAAGGAUGUAUCAUUUUUUUAAUAAAAAUAUUAAAAUCAGUAUAUAAAGUGCAAUUUUUCAUACUAGUAGUUCUUAUUUAUAUUGCUCUGAUUUGCAUUAAACCAUUUAGUAGCUAAAUCAUAUUUUAAUUGAAAUAUGUUAUAUUUUAUUAAAUAAAAUAUUUGCAUUGCGAUCAUGUGAGGAAUAUGUUAAAUGUUUUGAGAAUAAUCGAUGGUCAAGUGUUAAGUUUGGGCAUAAAACCGAUAUUAAAAAAACUGUGCUUUACAUUUACCUAUCCAAGGAUGUGACCCAGUUUCAUUCCGAUAUGUUUGUUUGUUUGUGUUUGUUAGUGCUGUGUCUUUAUCAACCUUGUUACGCGCGACAAUUAGAUACAUUGCUUGUGGCAACGACAUAAAAAGUCGGUGAAACGAGAUAAGUUUUGCUUGUAAUUCACACAACAGCCUGGUCAGUUCUGUGUGCAUGCAGUAGGUAGCAUCGCGUGCAUUUCUUACAUUUGUCAUAUUUCCGGCACAUGUCUGUCACAAUACUUUUUUUGAGCUAACGUUAAACAGACUCGUGACAGAAUAAAAUAGAGCGCAUGUUGUAUGUGUCCUUCGUUGUUAGUAUCCUUCU